GGGAAUGUUCUACUACUGCUGCUGCCGCCAGCAGUUUGUGGUGAUCCUCGUCUGCCUGCUCUACAUCCUCCUUGUACUCGUGUUCUUUGUGAAUGUGUUUCUCGCCGACCGGAAUAUGCACACCCAUCUCAUGAUGAAGAAUGCGGGACACCGUGGACACGGAGGGCAUGGAGGAGGAGGAGGAGUGGGUGCGGGUGCGGGUCCGCCUGUGGGAGGACAUCACAAUCCCUACGACAUGCAUGGCUAUCCACACUACAACAACUAUCAUCCGCAAAUGGAUCCCAAACAGCAGCAGCAGCAGCAGGAGCUGCUACGGAAGACACCGCCCAAUCCAAACCAGCAGCAGCCCGAGCAGGACAUUUACUCGUAUUUCAAUCACGUAUUCAAGCGGCGACGUCGAUGAGGAGGAGGAUGCGACACAGAAGUAGGAGGGACGCUGAUCCUAUCCAAAAUUUGUACCACAUUAAAUUAUUCCGAUAAAAUAUGAAUAUAUAUAGAUUAUAUAUAUAGCCAAAAGCAGAUUGUGUAAAAAGUGAAAUGGAAAACGGAUCAGACCAGAACCACGAGAAAACAAGAGACAGAGACAUGCAACAAUAAAAGCGAGCCACAGCUUUGUUUCAGCUAUGAAUCGGGCGAGGCUGGAUAUAAAUCUA